AUGCUCAUGGACGGCUGCGUCGGCGUCUUCAAGACGAACUCGCUGCUGGCGGAGAACUACGCAAAGGUCGACGCGCGCUACGCGAGCGAGCUUGGCAGCUUCAACGGCUCGGCCCUGCACGUGGUGUCGCUCAUAGAAUUAUUUGUCAAGGGCCCUCUGUGCGUGCUCUUGUACUGGGCUUUCCAGGUGCGCCACCCCAUGCGCGACGCCCUCGAGUUUUUCGCGUGCGUCACGCAGGCGUACGGCACAAUCGUGUACCUUGGCCAAGAGGCUAUCAGCGGAGCACCGCACCUCGACGUCGACUACGACCUUACCUUCAGCCCCCACUACUUCUUCUACUUCUGGUUCGCAGUCGCCUUCGGCUGUGCGCUGUACCUGUUGGUGCCCGUCGUGCUGGGCUGGCGCAGCUACGUGCGCCUGCGCAACCACUGCACCUUCUACAUGCAGCACCACUACAGCCGCCGCAGCGAUGUGCGUCGCAGUGGCAGCCACCUGGCUUCUCACACGUGA